GUCACCAACUUGAUUCUCUCUCUCCUAAGCCCCUCUCUCUCUCUCUCUCUCUAAUUUACAGUCUUCUGCUGCUGAGUGCUAAGCUGUGCAGGCCCUCACCACUUGUCUGCUGUCUCUCUUCACUAUUUCUUUCUUUCUGUCACUCUUCUUCUCGAUCCCAUCCAUCACAUUGUCUCUCAUCCUCCUAACUUCCAUGGCUCCUCUGGGCUUAACAGUGCUGCUGCUUUUGGCCAUGGCCGCUCACUCCAGUGCCACGUGGUGCAUUUGCAAGGAUGGCGUGGAUAGCAAGACACUGCAGAAGACACUGGACUACGCUUGUGGAGCUGGGGCGGAUUGCAAACCGACCCACCAAAGUGAGCCGUGUUUCAGCCCGGACACGGUCAGGGAUCACUGCAGCUACGCUGUCAAUAGCUAUUUCCAGAAGAAUCGCCAGGCUCCAACUGCUUGUGAUUUUUCUGGCACUGCUGCUGUUGUUAAUUCUGACCCUAGCAGAGCUGGCUGUGUGUAUCCUGCUACUGCAAGCGCUGCUGCGACUCCUACCAACAGCUCCAACGGCGUCCUGACAUCCCCCACCAACGGCGCGUUUGGUUCCAACAACGGUCUCAGUCCGACGGGAAUUCCAGACAACAGCCACGGGGGGACUCGGCUUCUUACAAGUAUUGUCCUUUUCCUCUCCAUGAUUCUCACGAUUUUCGCGCAUCUUCUCUUGUGAGAACUAUCAUCAUCUAUGGUUUGUGUGGCCUUCUCACGACUCGUGCCAAAUGGUGAUGAUUUCAAACGAAUGAAGGGUCUUGAGAGACGGCCUUUUUGAUUUUGUACUUCUAGAUUCUUCUCGAACUCGUGGUAUGUCUGUCUGUAUUAGGAUAAUAUAUAUAUAUAUAUGUGGCUGCAGCUUGGCUUGUGUUAGUUAUCACGAAUUUGUUUUCCGUAAAAUGUCAAUGCACCUCUGCCUUGUAUUAAGGCAUUUUCAA